AUCACAAUAAUACAAACAUAUAACUUUAUGUGAUAACGCUUCACGGCCUGGGACGGUCCGAGCGUCCGAAGGUGUUUGUUAUUGUUUUCCUCCUAAAGUGCAAUUCCUUUCACAAUAUUAUUGUUUUUACCAAUUUGUUUGUUUACCUAUCAGAUAGAAAUAUUUAUAUUAUUACUUUCCAAUCGUUCCGUUACGUCAGUCGCCUUUCGAUGACGAUGUGUACCAGUUGAUAUUGUCAGUUUUAUGUCAAUACGUUUACCCGUUCCUCCGGUUGACACGGUCUGCAGUGAGAUUUCUGUAAACAAGAAACCAUGGUAAUUAAGCUUCUUUUCUUUAUCAAUGUAUUUCUAAUUUUGCCAGAUGAUUCAGUUCAAUGCCUUUUUAGAAUGACAGAGUAGCUUCAGGACCAUAAAUAAAUUCAUAAUGUUCAACUUUAUGAAAAAAAGUUCAGGUUCCCACAGUGUGGUGAACAAUGGUAGCACAUCUGGAUAUGGAUCACAGGGUUCAGCUAAUAAUCAAAUUGAAGAGAAAGAACAAAGGAAAAAAAUGAAGAAAAUGCGAAAAGAAAAAGAGAAAAGAGAAAAAGGCAGUUUUAGUAUGUCUUCUGAUGAUUUGUUAAGAUUAGAUGAGGUAAGAAAGUCAUUGAAAUUACGCACAAGGCGUAAAGAAAAACAAAAAUUACCGAGUGGAAUAACUGCAGAUUACAGUGCCAACUUUUUUGCUCCAUUAAAUCGUGAUGAGACUGAUGAAUCUGUUCAAACCCCCCCUCUACCACCACGUCGUGGUAUUCUUAAACCUCCACCAAUUUUAGAACAUGGACCAUUACAAGAUCUUGAUUCAGAUUCUCUUCUACAAACUAAUACAUUAAAAAAUGAAUUAAUUGUGUAUGAAAAUGUUCCAAGAGUAUCAAGUAUCGAUAGCCUUACGGAUUCAACUACAAAUAGUAGUUUUGCUACACCAUUUAAUCUCAGUCCUUCUGGCAAUGACUAUUUAACUGAUGAAUUUGAUGACAAUCUAAAACUUCCAUGCGUUCCAGUUAUCAAAGUUGAACCUCGAAUAUUAACCAUUAAUAGAAGAGCAGGUCCUGGUAGUGAUUUUGGGUUUUCAUUAAGACGUGGUUUAGUAUCAGAAAAUCCUACUAAAAAUUUGAAACCAGUGAUUUUUGCUGAACCAGGACAAGACAAAACACAUUAUACUGGACUUCUUCCUGGAGAUAAAUUGCUUGAAGUAAAUGGAAGUCCAGUUUCUGAGAAAAAUAGAGAUGAAAUUAUUGACAUGAUUAAGUCAUCAGAAACAAGUGUUGUUGUGAAGGUAGAACCAGCAUUAGAACUUAAUGAAUUGAGUCAAAAAUAUUUAAGCAGUCAAAAUGGAAAUACCUUGAUUUCGAAAUCGGAACCAGAAUACAACGAUUCUCCAGCUGAAUUGAAUUCUCCUGAUUCUGAUGCAUAUUGGUUAGUUCACAAUGAAGGAUUUUCACCUGUACAAUAUACAAAGAAAACUACUUCAGAUGGUACAACGAAAGUAUUGGUUAAAGUUUUUGGUGGUAAAGAAUAUACUGUGGAUGAAGAUAGUUUAGAAAAGAUGAAUCCAGUUAAAAUGCAAAUGGUUGAAGAUUUAUCACAAUUGAAUUAUUUAAAUGAGUCAAGUAUUUUAAAUGUAAUACGCAGCAGAUAUACUUCAAAUCUUAUUCACACAUAUGCUGGACCUACAAUGUUAAUGAUUAAUCCUGGAUCUCCUUUAAAUUUAUAUACUGAUAAGGUUAUGCACAUGGUAAAAAAUCUUCACAAAAUAAAUAAACAACCACCUCCACAUGUUUAUGCUAUGGCUCAGUCUGUCUACAUGGCAGCUGUAACUUCACGUCGUGACCAGUCUUUGAUUCCUAUGGGAUGUCAAUCUAGUGGAAAAUCAACUACGUGUAAACAUCUAAUACAAUAUCUUGUACAAACAGCAGGAUCUUCUAAUAAGGUUGUUACUUUCGAAAAAAUUGAAGCUAUGUGGACAGUAUUAGAAGCUUUUGGAAAUGCAGCUACUGCAAAUAAUCCUAAUUCAACUAGAUCUGUACAUUUGUUUAGCAUUGAUUUGGAUCAGGGAGGACAAAUUGCUUCAAUGUCUCUACAAAUGCAUUUUUAUGACAAAUGGAGACUCAUUGAUCAUCCUUUCAAUGAAUUUUCUUUCCACGUAUUCUACUAUUUAUUAGCUGGUAUUGAAAAUAUCCCUGCUUUGCGUAAGGAAUUGUAUUUAGAUCAAAUCAAUGAUGAUUUAAAGGGAGUUGAUAAGAGUCAAGCAAUUGUAGAGUUUACUAAUCUUCAAUCCGCUAUGAUGAUUCUUGGGUUUUCUAAUACUGAGCUAAAAGCAAUUUAUUCUGUAUUAGCUGCCAUUAUACACCUUGGUCAUACUAAAAUAGUAAAGAAGGAUAGUAUAUUUAAGGAUAAAGUACAAUGGACCUGGAGCAAUUCUGAUGCAGCUAAACGAGCUGCAAAAUGUCUUGGAGCUGGAAACGCAGAUGAUUUAUUCAGUUUAGUAUUUCCAGAUGUUGAGUUGUUUAAUGAGUGUGAUAUUGGCGAACAAUUAAAUUCUAUGAUAAUUGGACUUUACACUGAAACAUUUAAUCUAGUUGCCUCUAUUAUCAAUCGUAAAUUAGCUCCAUCUAUUCAUUCUCUUUGUUCUGUAUUAAUCCCAGAUUAUCCUGGAUAUACUAUUACAUCAAAGUCAACAUUAAAUAUGUUUGAUUUCUGGACAAAUUAUCUUCACGAGCGAUUGUUAUCAAGUUACCAUAAUCAUGCUAUUGUUGCUCCAUUAGAAAAGUAUAAAAUAGAAAAGGUAGAAACAGCUGCUAGUUAUGAAGCUGAGUUUUGUGCUGAAGAUCACAUGUUAAAAUUAUUUAUUGGAGCCAAAGCAGCUGUCGGUUUUGGUCGUAGUCCAUCAAUGUUAGAUUUAAAACCUGAACCAUGCCCUGGCUUAUUGAGAAUUUUAGAUGAUACUGCUGGUGAUGGGAAUUCAACCGAUCAUGAUCUUAUCGAAAGAAUUCUUAAUUUAUCCAAUGAUAAAUCAUUUUCAAAUAUUUUAAAGAAAGGGAAUAAACCAAAUGAAUUUACUCUAGUUCAUUUUCGCGAAACCAUGCCAAUAACAUAUAACAUAAAUGGAUGGACAGGCAUGUGCCGUGAUUGUAUGGCAAAAACUGCAUUAUCACUUCUUCAUGAUUCAUCCAAUAUUGAUAUUUCAACCGUAUUCUCCAAAAAUCGUGGUGCUGGUCUUACAAGUACAUUAGCCAUUGUAGAUGGAACCCAGUCAUUGAGACGUAUGUCUAGUAUUCGACGAGCUACAUUUGGUAGUCUUAGUACAGCAGCUACACUAAAAAGAAAAUUAACAUGUGUUCAAAUACGGUUUGCAGUGGAUGGACUAGUUGAAACUUUGCGAAGAACUGGACAGCAUUUUAUUCAUUGUUUUAUUGUACAACAUGAUGUUGGUUUUACAAAUCGUACUGAUGUUGCUGCUACAAGAGUUUUUCAUUCCAUGUAUAAAUUACAAUCAAUUACAUUAAGUCCUAAUUCUAAUAAGUCUAACACAGAACCUGUUGAUGUAUCACUGUUGAGGCAACAGUUGCGUGGUUCAGAUAUUUUACCAACUAUUCGUUUUUAUAAACAAGGCUACCCUGUUUCUAUGUAUAUUGCUGAGUUUAUUCGGAAGUUUGGUGUUUUUUUACCCAGUAAUUUAAAAAAUGAUGAUUCCAAUAACACCAUUAAAGAUCAUCGUCAGUGUGUUUUCGAGAUAAUGAGUAAAGCUGAUUUGGAUGAGUCGUUGUAUAAAAUUGGAAUUAAUCAGAUCUUUUUCCGUGCCACCGUCCUUCAAACUCUAGAAUCACAAAGAGACGAAAAGUUGACAGACAUCUUCACUCUUCUACAAGCCCGUUGCCGUGGAUAUCUCGCCCGAAAAGAUUACGCUAAGCUCAAAGUGAACGACAUAGCGAUACGAUGCAUACAGCGGAAUGUCAAAAAGUUUAUGAUCGUCAGGGACUGGCCGUGGUGGCGAUUGUUGGUCCGAAUUACGCCUCUGUUAAACGUACACCGGACCGAAUACGAACUCAAGCAGAAAUCGGACGAACUGGAACAGUUGAGGAGUAGAGUGGAUAAGUUGGAACAAGAACGGUCGCAGUUGAAAAUGGACAACGACAGACUUGAACAGAGGUUGGCCGAAACAACGGCUGACUUGGCCGAGGAGCAUUCCACUGUAACUAUGAUAUCUGAGCGGCUGCAGUUUGAAUCGGCCGAACGACAACGCCUCGAGAAAGAGCUACAAGAAACCCAAACCAUCAAAAAUCAAUUGACCGAGACGAAUGAACAGUUGGAAAUGCAACUGCUAUGCAUGAGAUCCACCGAUCCUUCGUUGAUGUCCUCUUCAUCAUCUGUAGCUGGAACCAUGAGUGACGAUGAUAGUGCUGUAGCGAAUAGCGAUAAAGGUGACCAGUAUUAUAGACGGAGAUACGAACGAGUUUGUCGAGAGUUGGAUUACGCUAAGAAACGACUGCAACAACAGCAUAAUGAUGACAUGGAGCAAUUAUUAGCAAUGAAAAAACAGCUUGAAAAGAAAAUGGCUAGUGUUUACGAAGACGUAGAAGAACAACGUCAAAUAGUUGCUCAAUGGAAACGAAAAGUUAACAAAUUAAACUCCGAAUCAAACGACCUUAAACUCAUGCUAGAAGAAAGUAACUCGAGAAAUAACUUACUCGAAAAGAAACAAAAGAAGUUCGAUUUAGAGUUGCAUUCAUUACAGGAGGAUUUAAAGAAGGAAAAAGCUCAAAGAGAAAAAAUUGCCAGAGAAAAAGAUAUGGCAAUGUCGGAUAAAUUUUCAAUGGAACAAUCGCUGAGCAGUAUCAAAUUAGAGUUAGAGCUCAAGGAACAGAAAGUCGUCAGUUUGAAUCGCGAAUUGCAGGAGUUGACUUUCAGUGGUAACACUGAGGAAGAGGUGGCUGCGUUGAAGCGUUCGAAACAUCAAUUGGAGAGUAAGCUCAAAGAUCAAGAAGAAGAGCUAGACGAUCUGGCAGGUCAGGUGCAGCUAUUGGAGCAGGUAAAAACCAGGCUUGAAAUGGGACUCGAACAGGAACGCAAGGAACACCGACGAGAAUUGGCUCAAAGAGAACAAGAAAAUGAGGAAACCCGGUGUUCCGCUGCGAAGAAAAUUAAAGCAUUGGAGUGCGAGAUCGAAAACGAGCACGAGGAGAGGACGGCCUUGAUCAGGGAACGCCACGAUCUGGAAAGACGGUUAGUGGACUCAGAGGACAGGGAGCGGUGCCGGAGCAUGAACGACCAAGAGUCCAUCGCCCGGCUGCGGAGGGAUAUGAAGAAGUUGAAAGCACUGUUACGUGACGCGCAGACGGUGCAGGAGCAGCGAAGUGACAGCCAGGCGAACCGUAUAGCCAUGCGGCAGCUGCGGAAUCAGUUGGAGGACGCGGAAAGCGCUAGAGACUCGGCGAUCAAGGCCAGGACGAUGGCCGAGACAGAUUUGGCGGAAGUCACGGCUUCAUUGGACGAAGCGCAGGCAGCCAAGCGAGCAGCGGAAGAGCGCGCAUCAGCGCUGGCUCGGGACAAGAACCACUUGCAGAGCCAGUUAGACGAGAACGAGGAGGAACUGGCCGAGGUGUUGAAGAAGUACCGGGGGACGGUGCAGCAGUUGAGCGUGGAGCAGACGGUGCAACAGGAACAGGCGAGCCGCAUCGCCGAGCUGGAGACGGACCGGGCCAAUCUGCAGGAGCGGCUGGCCGAGCUCACGUUCCGGUUGGACAAUAUGGAAACGCACGGCGACCCGGCUGGAUCGUUGAACCUGAAACGUUUGCAACUGCGCGUCACCGAACUCGAGUCCAAACUGCAACUGGAACUGACCACCAGGACCCGGCUGGAAGUGCAGAUAGCUCGGCUGAAGGAGAUGGCCGAACGACUGGAGAACGAGCGCGAGACUGCUCAGUGCAAGGAGAAUGCGGCCCAGGAGACGGUACGCAAAAUGCAGCGUUCUUUGCGCGAGGCGCGUGAGUCGAUGGCUGAGAGGGAGUCCAAAGACUCGGUCGACGUGAACCGGAAACGAGCUCUGGAGAAACGGGCCGAGCAAGCCGAGUCAGAAGUGACCACAGUCAAGGCCGACCUGGCGCUUGCGUUGCAGCGCAUUGAUGACUUGCAGGCCGCGAUGACAGGUGACCUCGAAGACGACGACGACGAAUUCCAGUCGGACAGUGAUGACGAUGACGACGGAGACGGAGACAGCGACGACUCAGUCACCACGUUCUUGGCCAACCAAGGCACGAGAAACACGUCGAUCCUACAACAACCAAAAAACAUGGAUGCUGCAAAUAAUUGAUGAACAUUGAAUUUCCUGAUGAGUUUUCACCUAAGUAUUACUUAAAUACCAGUUUUAUUUUAAAUUGUGUUUGUAAACAGUUACUUAAUUGUAAACUUUAUCUUUAUAAUUAUUAUUAUUAUUAUUACUAUUUAAAUUAAUGACUAAGACUCAUGAUAAACAUAUAAUUGUGAUUUUUGACCUCCCUGUAGCUCUCUGUACUAUGUUGUUUUAUAUAUAUAUAUAUAUAUAUUCUCCCUUUUCCCAGUGUCUUCCACCAUUCGGAGGGUCGAACGCACUCACCAGCAAACCAUUAUUCGUUAACCGUCCACCGACGCAAUAUCAUAUAAUUUUUCUUUUUUAAUUUAUUAUUUUUUUCGUUCACUCAUUUAUUUAUUUAUAUAUA